AUGAUUGGUAUCGACACGUCCACCCCGGAACGAGGCACGAACAUCCAAAUCAUUGGCUCCAACUUGUUUCUAAUGGCACUUUACGUCAUUUGUCUCUAUUCUGGUUGGUUCCUUCGUGCGGACUGGUACAGCUUCCUGGAAAUGUUUAUUUGUCUCUUGCUGACUUUACAAGGCUCCAGCAAGAUGUGGACCGCAGUCGUACGUAAACCGCGAUAUGUCCAGCUGUUCCAAACUACGGAACGAAUCUAUGAACGGUUCGACAGUGAUGAAAGAAAUCGACCCAUUCUCAGAGAUGUUAUCGCUAAGAUGAAUCUUUUCAUCAAAGGAAUAGUGAUCGUAUAUGUGAGCUCCGGGCUUUUGAUUGUUGUCCUAGUUGUUCUAUACGCAUUAGUUACCAGGCAAAGGUUUCUCGCCUUUACAGCAUUCAUCCCGUUUGUGGGCCAUACAACGUUAGUUGGAUACUCGCUGCAUAGUAUGCUUCAUCUCUCAAUGAUUGUAAUCUGUGUUAAUGGAUAUCUUGCAGCGGAUGUAGCAUUUAUCAUCACCGUAGUUCCAAUCAUAGCCUACGGAAAUUGUCUUCGGAAUGAGAUAAGAAAUCUUAACUUACUGCUACAAAUGUCCCAGAGAAACAAAAAGUUGAUCACUGAAAAACUAGUACGGAUCUGCCAACUGCACCAGAUCAUUGUCGAGUUUGAGCAAGAUGCUAUCGAACUCUUUAAGUUUGGUUGCGCGAAUGAUCAAAUGAUAAUCGAUAUCUACGAUAUCGAAUGGUAUCUGCUGGACGAAUUGUUUCCUUCAUGCUUUUUUCGUCACAAACCGCAAAGGAUUUAUCCGUUGGAGGAGUAG